AUGGCGCGCCCAUUGACUGAUAGUGAAUUGCUUGCGCUGGUGGAAGUUUCCGAGAGUGAUGGGAGUGUAUCAGAAUUAGAAGACCGUACAAGCAACGAGAGUGAAGAAGAAAGUUCUGAAGAUGAUUUGGUUCCAGUGCUCGCGAAUAAUCCUACAACAUCUAAUGCAACAGUGGGCUCAAAAGAUGGACGAUGUCCUUUCAAACAGUACAUUCCUAGCAAACCAGCAAAGUAUGGCGUGAAAAUAUGGACCUUAUGUGAUAGCAAAACCUCAUAUGCAUACAAACUGCAAAUAUAUACAGGGAAAGAAGCGGGCUCUGCUUCCGAAAAAAAUCAAGGAAUGAGGGUAGUAUGUGAUCUUACCUCUGAUUUGAGAGGCCAUAAUGUUACUUGUGAUAACUUUUUUACGUCAUACAACUUAGGACAAUUUCUUCUAAAGCGAAAAAUUACCAUGAUUGGUACUAUACGGAGGAACAAACCAGAACUUCCACAACUAACAAAUAAAGAAGUUCACAGUUCCACUUUUUACUUCACGCAAGAUACUACAAUUGUCAAUUACAUUCCAAAAAAGAAUAAAAAUGUUGUUCUUAUGAGCACGUUACACCAUGAUAAAGCUAUUAGUGACAGAGCUGAUAAAAAGCCUCAAGUGAUUUUGGAUUAUAAUGCAACGAAGGGAGCAGUUGAUACUCUCGAUCAACUUAUUGGAACAUAUACAUGCAAAAGAAAAACUAAUCGCUGGCCAAUGACGUCAAUAAAUCCGAACUGGAAUGAAAAUAAGCUCACCAAAAGGAGACUAUACUUGGAAGAACUAGGAAAAGCAUUAGUAACACCGCUUAUUACUUCCCGAAAAUUUUUGCCAAGACGUGAAGAGUCACGUCGUCUGGUAAGAAAAUCACAAGCUAGUGGAUCAGGAUCAGAAGCACAGUCUGAUAUACCAUGUACAAGUGUCACGGACAUGGAUUGGGCUGCUUUAGAUGGAUUUCAUGACGCGAAUGAAGCGUGUGAGUUCUUUUAUAAUAACUGUACAAUGCUUUUGAUACCUGUGUUGUCCGAGCAACGAAACGUUACACCUGCCACCACGCAUGCUACUGUCAAAGAUGGAGAAUGUUUCACGAGAUCUUAA